CCACAUCCAAUGCAAACAUGAUUUGGAUGAUGCCUGAUGCAGUGAUGGUUCGCAAUUUGGGAAACCAAUACAUGUAGUUAUUUGUUUUCAGGAUUUUAUGGUGUCUCAGCCUACCUUGUACUGUAGAAGAAUAAGUUAGUAGUAGAUCCUGAGAGUGCCUCGGGUAUGGCGUCUCUCUCCAAGAGGGAACAUGACGAGUUGCGCUCGUGGCUUGUCCAGAGAGUGGCUCAGAUGCUGGGCUACCCAGACAGCAGUGUGGUGUCUGCUGCAAUGCAGUGUGUCCAGAAAGGCUAUGACUCAAAAUCCACCACAGAUGCGCUUAGCAAACUGCUGGAGGACAGCGCACCGCAGCUUGUGGGCAGCCUGUUUGAGAAGCUGAACCAGAUCAAAGGGCCGUCGUCUCAGGGACCUGGAGCUGCUCCUCCGCUGAGAUCUGUCACCAGUAAACGCUCCGUAAAGGAGGCUUUCGGUGAGGAAGGCGCUGAAGAGUCAAACUACCCAAUCCCAAAGCGCCCGAGACCAGACCCAGAGUCGCUAAGUGGCCCGGUGCCCGUUGCACAGCCGGCUGCGGUCUCCGCCGUCCCCGCUUCCACUGGACUGCCCGUCGCAACGCCCAUUCUCAACUCAAACCAGAUUAGUGAUAUUCUAGCCAGGACCAGGCAGCAGAUUGAGGAGAAGAAGGCGGCUCUGGCGAACCAGCAGCGUCUGCCGUUCAUCAACCAAGCCCUGGCUGCGCAGCAAGCUGCUGCACCACCUGCUGUAACAGCAGCUGCCAGUGUUCCUGGCCUGGCUAGUUUGGUAGCUGGCUCACCGCUUCAACAAGCAGCAUUGGAUGCUCAACGCAAGAAAGCAGAGCUGCAGCAACGUGUACAAGCACAGUUGGCAAAUCAGCAAAUCCGUGCAUCGCUUGCUGCAAGUGGCCAGGCAGCACCAGGGGCACCAGGGGCAGCACCUAAUGCCUCAGCUGAAAAGCCAAUGCCACUGAUUUUGGACUCUCAGGGUAGGACCAUUGACGCGACAGGCAAAGCCGUUCAGUUAACAGCAGUACAGCCAUCGAUAAAGGCAAACAUCCGUGCCAAGCAACGCGAAAACUUCAAGAUUGAGCGGCCGUCCACCGAAGACCUGAUGGACAAUAAUCCGUACUACGAUCCCCGAGUGUCGAUAAACAACUCCCAGCGCACCAAGCGCUCCUUCAAGUUCCACGACGCCGGCAAAUUCCAGCAGCUGGCGCAGAAACUGCGUGCCAAGAAACAACUCGAAAAGCUCCAGGAGUCCAUCGCAUCUGUCGCAAAGAAGACCGGUAUAUCAUCAGCAACGAAGCUUGCCCUUAUCACGCCGUCAACGGACGCAGAAACAGAUCAGAUUCCUGACGUUGAAUGGUGGGACAAAGUGGUGAUGCCAGUCAGUGAAGGGUAUGAUGAGGUUGUGAAGUGUAUCCAGCCGCUGGCCACUAGUGGACUGGCUACGUCAUCAUCGGGUGGUUCAAGCACUGAGGACGCCAGUGGCCAGCCAUCGUACCGUAACAUCACACAACUGGUGGAACACCCUGUACCCUUCUACACCAAUGCGCAAAAGAAAGCAGCGCCUGUGCUGGCCGUGCAGCUCACCAAGCAGGAGCGAAAGAAGUUGCGUACUCAGAGGCGUCGUGAGGCAGAGAAGGAGAAACAGGAGAAAGUCAGUCUUGGUCUCAUGCCACCGCCCCCACCCAAAGUGAAAAUGUCCAACUUAAUGCGUGUCCUGGGAAGUGAGGCCGUUCAAGAUCCCACCAAAAUGGAAGCAUACGUACGAAGCGAAAUGGCCAAGCGACAACGAGCUCACGAAAGUUCCAACGCUGCGCGCAAGCUCACACCCGACCAGCGCAAGGACAAAAAGCUGAAGAAACUCGACGAGGACGUGUCGUGCGGCGUGGACGUGCAAGUCUACAGAGUGACGGACUUGACGGACCCGAAGGUACGCUACAAAGUCGACAUCAACGCACAGCAACUGCACCUGACCGGCUGUAUUGUGCAGAGCAAGGACCUCAAUCUGGUUGUCGUUGAAGGCGGACCGAAAUCGCUGAAGAAGUACAAGCGUCUGAUGAUGAAUCGCAUCAACUGGGACGAGGCGCGGCGUAACAUGGACAAGAACCUGCGCAGCGACAACUCCGACCAGCCCAACCAGUGCUCAGUCGUCUGGGAGGGUAUGGUUGAAGCGCGGAACUUUGUGGAUUGGAAGUGCAAGCAGUUCCCAGUAGACUCAGGUGCGCGAGAGUUCCUGAAGAAGUUCAACGUCCACCACUACUGGGACCUUGCUCUCAGUUCAUCCAUCAUUGAGGGCACGGAGGAUUGAGGCUUCACACGUGCUGUGUUUUGUUUCAGCAAAUUACCUUUUACAACUUCAGCAUGGCGAUGAGUCACCAAUGUGUGAAGUCGACAUUAAGCAGUAUUGCUGGUAAAUCUGCUUGUCGCAAGAUUUUGUUGCUUGUUUUUCUUGAUUUUUCGGCGCUGUCCCGUUCGCCAAUGCUUCAAUCCUCAAGUUCAUUUGUAGCAUUAUAAUUUGUACAAAGUACUUUUCAGUAUUGACCAGGAUCUUUUAGUGUUCUCUUUGCUGUUCAAAUUGGAUUAUUUCGCCUUAUCUAACCAUGCUUGUUCUCGUUUGAAGGUGGCUGUUGCAGAUUUUAACAUCAUCAUUGUCCACUCACUGCUGCUACCUGUCUUCUGCUGCUGCUGUGCCAUUUGUUGCUUUUUGGUGAUGGUUUGUAUGUCUUUCUCUGUUGCCAGUUUUUCCAGUACAUUUUCUUGACAGGACUGGCGGAAUAGGUUUUUUCAUUGUUCUGGCCAUAUCAAAAAAUGUCAUAA